UCAUUCAGUUGAUGUUCAACAUUUGAACAUUUCGUACUUUUUGUGUACAAAAGAGGUCUAAACAUGAUAGAAAAAUUCAUAGAAGCAGCAAAAAAGCUUUCUUGUGUCCUCAAAGAACUCGUAGCAGAAAAAUCUGAGGAAGAUAAAUGCACCGUCGCUCUGUUUGAACCAGAUGAAGUCGAAGGAGACGAAAAAGUUGACAGCCAUCUUUACCAGAUAACAUUCAUCCCUCCAAAAACUAAACAUCCUCUUAAACACAUCGCUACAAGCUCUGAGAAUGGUUUCUUCCUGUUAGGAAAAGCGAUGUUAGAGAGCGAUUAUAACGAAGAUGGUGAACACGAGAUCAAAAUUUCGUUGGUUGAGGUAUCGAGGCGUAGAGUCGAGCGAGUGUUGGUUGGUACUCCUAUCUCUCAAGAAGUUAUCUAUCUCAACGGGAGUGAACCUUUGCAUCAAGGCAGCAGUUCUUCCACUUCAAACCGUAGCUCCAUGUCUAAAAGCCAGAGCUGUGUCUAUGAUUGGAGUGUAACAAAUGUCAUCGCUCUGCAGGCUAUACCCCUUCAGCAAACACGGUAUAUUAUUUCUCUCUUUGAUUACUGUCUGGCAAAUAGCUUGUUAGAUGGCGUUGACAACAUCCYGAUGUGGGUUUCAGUGGAUGAAAAGAACCCAAUGUCAGUUACCCACAUGGCAACCUUAAGGAAUGGCUCCUCCACAGAACAAAAGUAUAUAAAUCAUGUCGUAGUGUCAUGUAAAGGACCCUUCAAUAAACCAGAAGAUAUCCCAAGUAUGAACCAAAUGAAAACCUGGCAUAAACACAGGAGUCUGGGGUCACUUGUUGAAAACACUAGCCAUGCCUAUGCCUCRUAUGAACUACUAGGGAUUUCGCAGUCUCACGAGGUUGACGAAGAAGAUCAGAAAAGCCUGGCUUAUGUGGAAUUUACCUGGAAAGACAUAAGUAGCGUUCUACAACCCCCACCACUAACGUCAGACUGUGUACUACAUAUCCAAAGCUUUCCAGGAACUAUGCAGCUCUCGGCGAUAUCACUUACCAUGGAGGUCAAUAAGCUGUGUUCUUUCCUUGCUUUAAUUGCUGAUGCAGAACAGCCAUGGCCAGAAUUAAGUUCUGAAGAUGUUGAAGAUGUAUACAGUAAGAUGGAGAAGGUCUUAGAAAGUUUGAAUGCAGGAGAGGUGUACCAAGAAACUGCCCCUCUGCAUGAUGACGAGAAUGACACGAGCACUGUCUUCUCUCCACUUGCACAGCUAUCCCAUCAARAUUUUGUUCCCAGAAAGGACCUUGAUUUCACUGAGAGCUUAUGGCUAGUCUUGAAAGAGGCUGUAGACCUUGGUGACCUUACUUCAAGUCUCCAAGUGGCACUACUUGCCCUUCUAAAUGGCACUUGCCAGCCUGUCAUACAUAGUGCAAAUAAGACAACCUUGGCUGUGUUUAUCAGAGAGCUCCUGCAGUCUGAGACAAAUGAACAGAAGUAUAAACUGAGACUCAAGGUUGAGAAGAUGUUGGGAAAUGAAACGGCAUUAAAAUGCCUUGUUGAAAUUGGUGCAGAAAAACUGCUGAGAGAUCAUACAAACUACUUUUUGUCAGAGGAGCUCAUCACCCAAGAUCACUUGAAUUAUUACGUAGACGGCAAUGUUCCCUUAGCAGAAAGGGUAUUCAGAGUAUCAAAGCUUCACAAUGUUUUGGACUUGAUCCUUACCACCAAAUGUGUAGUCAACACAGGCUAUACAAAUUUGCAGUUUCUAACUCAAGCAGCUCUCUCUUACUAUGAAAAGAAUGACUCUUGUAAUCAUCCAUUGUUCUCGAUUUCUCUCCCCGCAUAUGGUGCUUCGUCAACGUCAGCUGUCAAGAACAUCAUCUCAACUCACCAACCUUCGGUGUGGUGCCUGGCUCUGACAUCAUCGUCCAAGAAAGGAGUGUUGACUUCUAUUGUGCAAUUAAGUACUGAAUCUCCUAUGAAUAAGUUACCCGAUUUUGAUGUAGAGGAGUCACAAAUUAAUGAAAAGGAAGACUUGGCCAUCUCUGGGACACUAAAGAGUAAGAUUCCUUACUACUUGUCCUUUGCACAACAAACCAUGGUUCCAUUAAUAUCAAGCCAGUAUUAGAUUAAAGGUUCCUUUCCAGCUGGAAAGGGUGCUUUAUAUUUGCUGUUUUAUGGUAAAUUAAUAUUGAAAAGAGGGGGGUUUGUUCACACCUCUCAAUCACCCCUGGCAACAGUUCUGGAUUGGUAAUACAAUAAAGCCGAGUAUUCACUAGCAAUGUAGGUUCACUAAAUGCUGGGCCUUGAAUAAACACUGGGUUCAAAUGAACAUCAGAUUAGAAUAAACACCAGGUGAACCUGGUUCAGUUUUAAAUAAAUGCCAGAGUCAUUUAUUUGAAGUCCUGGCAUUUAUUUGAAACUUAACUAUCAGCAGGUCAAAUAUUCCCCCMAAAAAAGACCUCAGAAAUGAACUCUGGAAAUCAAAUAAACAUCAGGUUUGAAUAAACAUUGGGUUAAAGUGCAAAUGAACCCUUCGACAAUACUUUCAGUACUGAUUCUACA